GCCGCUGACGAGCGGGUGGCCGUGACCCUCGACGGGCGCAGCCAAGCCAAGGUGUCAUGUGACCAGAGGACGAGGAUGACGGCGCAGGAGGCCUGCAUUGGCAAGGCUUGCCUCGGGCCGCAGCCCGCCCCUGAGCCGGGCCCUCGAGGACCUGGCCCCCUGCGUGCUGGCCUGGAGGUCCUGGGCUGCAACGGCAACGUCUGGAACAGGAGCGUCGAGGUCCUCGAGGCCUUCUUCCACGCCCACCAGCACUGGCCGCAGCUGGCCCUCCUUCAGGAGACGAGGCUAACCCAGGAGCGCCUUCCUGGUGCCAGGGCGCUGGCACGCCGCCUCGGCUACACCGCCUUCUUCCAUGAGGCUGUGGCCACGGGCCAGCCUGGCCCGAACGCUACGUCGGGCGGCGUCGCGAUCCUGGUGAGGGCUGGUCUCCAGGCCGAGGAGUCCGCAUGCCAGAUCCCUGCGGCCCUGCGCCACCGCCUCAUCGGCGUAGAGGUGACCGCGCCGUCGGGCCUCCGCCUCCUGGCCUUGGCUGGGUACUUCCAGCACUGCUUGGGCCCGCGGGGGAUCAACCUCGACCUGUUCUCCUCGGUCGCGGACCUAGUGGCAUUCUCGCUCGACUUGCCCUGGGUCCUCCAGGCUGAUUUCAAUAUGGAGCCCGAGCCCCUGCAGGAGCUGGGCUGGCCUGCAGCAGUUCGCGGUCAAGUGCUCGGACCCUCCGAGGCGACUUGCUGCGCCCAGGUCUUGGAGCACGUCUGCGACUGGUUCGUCGCGUCGUCCGACCUGGCCACGUGCACGGCGUCCUGCGCGACCGCGCUCAACGGCUUCGGGCUGCACCCGCAUUCUCCUGUGUUGCUGCGCCUCCAGGACGUCAGGUGCGAUGCCCUGGUCGAGGUCCCCCCCCGUCCUGCUCGGUUUCCAGAUGUGGAGGUCGAAGGCCUGCGCUCCCACGAGGACGCCCUGGUCCAGGCCUUCGCUGUCGGCAAGCGCGGGAAGGUGUCGCAGAAGGAUGUUGCUUGGUCAUGGGCUCAGGGUUCGCGCCCGACCUGUCUCUCCGCUGCCUUCGGCGAGUGGAUCGAGGCGGCGGAGGGCACUCUCACGGGCAUCCGCGAGAUUGCGCCAGGCGACCUGCCGCGCUACCUUGGGCGAGCGGCAGGGCCCAAGACCAGGCGCAUGCCCUUCAGCGCGCUGGUGCAGCGCGAGGCCAGGUUGAAGUACAGCAUGCUGACCCACCGCCUGAGGAGCUGCCUUGCGGUCGCCCUCCAGAGGCUUCGGGCCGAGCAGGCCGGCAGGAAGCACCCGAACCACUCUUGGUGGUAUGAGCAGGAGGCGGCGGCGAGGGCGAAGCUCCUGGACGAGGCGACCCAGGAGGUGGCUGGUCUUCGGAGCGAGCCCCUCCCUGGGGCCUCCGACGAGAAGUGGGGCGACCUCGCCUUCCACGCGGGGGUGAAGGGCUGCCCCACGGCGAUCGCCAAGCUGCAGUCGUGGCUCCUGGCGCCCCAGAGGCGCGAUGCCGCUGAAGGCGCGGCCGCUUGGCGCAGCUGGGCCCAGACGGCGGUGGAGAAAGGAGGCCGCCUGGCCCACCGCUUCUCCAAGGCGGCUCCCACGCCUGUGGUCAGGGACGCCGACGCUGGGAGGCCGCUCGUCGGCAUGGACGCCGUGGACCAGCUCGCGCGCACGUGGCAGCGGCUCUGGCUCCAGGAUGGCUUCUCCCGCGGGGUCGGAACCCACCGGUGGGAUGUUGGCUCUUGGACGCUGCCGCCCAUCACCCGGGAGGCCUUGCAGCAGGCGUGCAAGCGCUAUGGCCCGUCUGUGGGGUUGGGCUGCGACAACCUGCACCCUCGCCAGCUCCUUCUGCUGCCAGUGGCGCUGCAGCUUCGCCCGAUUGACAUCCUCACGGCGUUCGAGGACAAACCUACUUCGAUCAAGGGGCAGGUGGCCAGCCUGUUCCUGGACAUCCGCAGGUUUUACGAGCACGUGCGCCACGACGUCCUCUGGUCGUCCGCCCAGCGCUUCGGCUUCAGCCUGGAGCUGCUGCGCGGCCUCCUCGCCAUCUACCAGGCCCCGAGGAUCGUGCUGGCAGCUGGGGCUCAGCGGCCUCUGGCCACCCUGCGCAACUUAGUUGACGACGUCUCGCUCCAAGCUGUCGGCUCGGCGAGGCUGGUUGUGGACCACCUCCCGCUCAAUGAGGGCAAGUCCGUGUUCCUGGCCUCGUCGGCACAGGUGGCGGACGGCCUCGCCGCCAGCCGGGCAGCCCUCGGCUUCGAGGUCAAGCGCGGCCCCCAGGCCCGCAACCUGGGCACCGACGCCAACGCUCAGGGCGUCGAGGUGCAGCGCUCCACUGACCUGGACCCGAGCCCAGCCCUUGUCCGUGCCGCGGUGCAGAUGGCAGCCAGCUUCCUCCAGUCGGGAGAGGUGCCCCUGAGGAUGUUCGCUACCUGCCUGGAGGAGGCCGAGCGCAGGCACGGCAGCGCCAGGGCGCCCUGGGUGAACUGCAAGAGCCCCGUCGACGCCCUGGCCCUUUCUCUGUUGCGGGUUGGUUGGCGCCUCUCGGCUGGGCACAUCAUGCACACCGACAACGGCCACGCCUUGGACAUGCUGAUCAUGGGCCCCCGCGAGCUCGGACUGCUGGCUGCGGCAGGUGCUCGCAGGGCCUCCGGCAGGGCUGAGAUGGCGCGGCUUGGACGCGGAACCGCCCCCGCCAUGCCCUUGUUCUGGGGCGCACUCGGCCAGGUCAUCGGCCCGCGCGGCAAGUUCAGCUGCAGGGAGAAGGCCGCGGUGGUGAGCUACCUGUCCAACGCCCACUGGCCGCAGACUCGCCUCUUCGCGGCUGGCGAGCGGCGCCGCCCCCGCUGCUGCGCCUGCGGCGAGGGGCGCGGCAGCCUCUGGCACAAGCUCUUCGAGUGCCAAGCCCUGUCCGCUGAGAGGAGGGACUCGGUGUCCGCCCGCCUCCUUCGCUGCGCCACUCGA